UGGGGGGCGUGGCCAGCUGCGCCGCUGCCUGCAGCACUCGGGUUGCCUCUAUGCAUUGGCGCGCGAGCUGUUCGGCGCUGCGAAGCUACUGGGCUCGUGGAGAUGCUGCAGUAGCGGCGGCGUUGGCUGGGAAGCCUUUUGCUGCUGCUUCAUUCAUGGUGGCAGGAGGGGUUGCCGUGGCUUCCGCAGCCGCCUUCUCUUGCCCAGGACCAGCCUGUGAUGACCCCGGGCGUAUUUCGGGCUGUUUGAACGGCGGCGGCGGGGGGGAAAGGGGAGCUUGAUGAAAGCGAUGUCUCCUCAACAGGAUCACAUCGGGCAGGGGCGCUCUUCCUCCCUGACCGGAGGGUCCCGGCUCUCCGUAGCUUCCGACGCCAGCAAGAAAAUGAAGAGCUUGGCCCAAAGGCGUCAAUCAGCACCAUCCUUGGUUCUCAGCAAAGCGCUGACCAAGUCCAGAACAAGUGUCAGGGAAAGUUGCUUCUCUCCCAUCAGUCCAGAGACAUGUCCGCUGGUGCAGUCCUUCAUUUGUCCCAGCAGAACAUUCCUUAUGGAUGGACAUGUGCAGCUGAAGACUGGCCUGCAGACCCAGGAACGACACCUUUUCCUCUUUUCAGAUAUUCUUGUGGUCGCCAAACCCAAGUCACACUUGCAUUUUAAACUGAAGAGCCAGGCGCGUCUCUGUGACAUGUGGACAGCUUCUUGCCUGGAAGAGGUCUGUGAAGGUAGCACGGACCUGGAGAAGUCUUUUGUUUUAGGAUGGCCCACCACCAACUGUGUUGCCAGCUUCAGUUCCAUCGAGCAGAAAGAGAAGUGGCUUACUUUCCUACAAAGCCGUAUCAAGGAAGAGAAGGAAAAAGACUAUCCCAAGAGCAUUCCGUUGAAAAUCAUUGCAAAGGAUAUUGGAAGCUGCGCAUAUUCAAAAACCUUAACCAUAAACAACACAGACACAGCAAGUGACAUAGUCCUUAUGGCCUUGCAGCAACUUGGAAUCAACGGCUCUGAAAAAGAAUAUCAGCUUUGGGUGAAUUCUGGUAGAGAAGAUGCUCCAUAUCCCCUUAUUGGACACGAGUAUCCAUUCGGAAUUAAAAUGAGCCACAUUCGCGACACUUUGCCUCAGACCCAGGAAUCAAAGGACUGCGUCUGCCCUCUGGAAGUUCAGGAGGCCAUCCUAAUCGAGCAGCUGCCCCGUGAGCGCCAGUGCCAGUUUGUAAUCAAGCCAAGGCGCCUGGCCACUGGCCAUGAGCUGAAUGAGUGUAGCCAAAAGCCACUUAAAAGGAAAAGAUCCACUAUAAACUGGGCCUUCUGGCGGGGUGCAGAAACUCCUCCUUCCCCAACCUCUGCCCAAGGGAAGCUAUUUGGACACCCUCUGCCAGACAAGCUGCCCAAGCCAAUCUUUGACAUGCUUUCUUUCCUGAACCAAGAGGGGCCUUUCACUGAGGGCAUUUUUCGACGUUCUGCAAGUGCAAAAUCUUGCAGAGAGCUAAAGGAGAAGCUUGAUUCGGGAGCUGAAGUGAACUUACUCAGCGAGUCCAUUUUGGUGAUAGCCUCUGUGCUUAAGGAUUUUUUGCGCAAUAUCCCAGGCAGCGUUUUCUCAUCCCAGCUCUGUGAUCAGUGGGUUUCCUUAAUGGAUGAAGGGAACGAUGAAGAGAAGAUAAAAAGCACCCACAGGCUAAUGGAACAACUACCUGGAGCCAAUGUGAUGCUGCUGCGUUACCUGUUUGGAGUCCUACACAGCAUAGAAAGGCAGUCUGAAGACAAUAAGAUGACUGCGUUCAAUUUAGCAGUGUGCAUUGGACCCAGCUUACUCUGGCUACCAGCUGCCACAAACUCUUGGACUGAAGAAGAAUUCACCAUGAAAGCUUCUGUCCUCAUAGAGUUUAUGAUUCAAAACGGAAGCAGGAUUUUUGGGGAUGAAAUUAAUUACAUCUUUGCAGCCAUGAUGCCCCAAAAUGACAACCAAGAAGAUAGUUCAGAUCUCUCUUCUGUUCGUCUGCAUGACUCCUCGUCCGACAGUUUGGAAAAUGAAUUGAAUGACUGCGCAAACCUCAAUAAAAAAGAGGAGGGGAGCAAAGAGGUGGUGUCCCUGAGUGACAUAGAUUUGGACCUACUGGAAGCAGAGGACCCCCAAAUCCGCUGCACCUCGUCAGGAGAGCACUCUGAAAGUGAGUCUGGGUAUUCAUCAACACCCAUUUCUGAUGCUCUCGAACCGCCUUCUCCCACCACCUCCACUUAAGUUGAAUAUUUGCUCAAGGGUGAGCUUAUCAUCCCUGGGCACUUUCCCUUCAGGGUCUUCAAGGGGAGACUUUGAAGGGGAAGCGCCCAGGGAUGAUAAGCUCAUCCGGGAACAAAUAAGUGGCGGUGGUGGGAGAAGGCGGUUCGAUGCAUCUCUCUUUUCACUGCUAUGGCUUUCUGGAUCAUCUUUGCCCACAUCAAUCCCCAUAACCCCAUGACCUUCCACAAAUCGCCACAAAUCUUCUGCCAAGUUGCCAACCAAAUCUCAGCCAGUGUCCAUUUCUGUGGGCUUCCGCCACAAAUCUCCAUCAGGAGAGCACUCUGAUGCAUCUACAGAUGCAUCAGAGUGCUCUCCUGAUGGAGAUUUGUGGCAGAUUUGGGCGGGGGGUGUCCUCUGCUUCCGGCGGGUCCAAAUCAGUGUCACUCAGGGUCAACAUGGAGUCCUGUUCUCUUGAUCUCAUUUUUAAGAUGCAUCAGAGUGCUCUCCUGAUGGAGAUUUGUGGCGGAUUUGGGGGGGUCAUUGAUGGAAACUUAAAUGAAACUCCGCCUGAGUUAAGAAACCCACUGAUCACAGAGCUGGGAUGAGAAAUACAAGGAACUCUGCUCUUUUCACUGCUAUGGCAAAUAUUCAGUCUAAGUGGAGGUGGUAAAAUGCACAAUCAAGAGGAAAGGAGAAGUCAUUUUCUUCAGCAAACAAAGGACAUACCCAGACUCGCUUUCAGAGUGUUCUCCUGAUGAGGUGCAGCAGAUUUGGGGGUCCUCUGCUUCCGCAAUAUGACACCAUGGCAGUCCAAGAGUCAUAAAGGCAAAAUGUCACAGACAUUUCCA